AUGCUAAGGUCUCUUCAUGUAGCACGGUCGUCACUGCGACAUUCCCAAAGCUUGCGUCAAUUGUCAUUCAUGUCUCAGUGUCAUCGGUCGUCAUUCCCGAGACAUAGAUCGCUCUUUUUACCACCGCCUCAGCCUUUGCUUCGAUGGUUCGCGAUGGUUGUUCCAAAUGAUACAGAAGCUAACAAGAAGAAUGAUUUACGUAAAAGGAAGGACAAGGACAAGAAACCAUUCUUAAUCAAGGUUGUUGAACCCAUAAAUCCUUUGCCUAAGCCACGGACGGAUGUUAAUAAGGCCUAUUUCCCGGGAAAAGUGUCCCGCUCGACGUCACAGGAUGUGGUAUUCCGAGCCAUGGCGGGGAACACAGCCAUUACAGUCCUUAAGGUACUAGCGUGGCUAAAGACUGGCUCCAAUGCUAUGCUUUCAGAGGCUAUUCACUCGCUCGUGGACACCGGCAAUCAGGCUAUCCUUAUCUUGGGUCUGAAGCAAGCGUCAGGUGUACCGGACAAGAAACAUCAGUACGGAUACGGACGCGCUGCGUACUUUUGGUCGCUCAUCUCUGCAUUGGGCAUUUUCUGGUUAGGCUCCGAUGUGACUGUUGUUCACGGGAUCUAG